AUGACCAAAAAAAAGUCCGCCGGACCUUCGAAUAAAUUUGUUUCAGGCGAAGUUCUGAAAGAAAUUCAAUCAUGCCGACCAUUACGUUUGUUCAUUAAAAAACAAAGAAAAAAAGGAAAUGAAACUCCACCGUUUGCUUUACGAUCGGAAUUUCUGCAAACUUCAUCGGAAAAACAACUAAAGUAUUUUCAAAAAGCGAUCGAUAAAUACAUUCAACUAUUAGAUGAAAAAGAUAUCGACGAACGUGCCCAAAUCGAAGGGCAACUACUUGAAAACGUGCUAUCGAAACGAGAGCAGAAAGUCUAUUUCGAGUCGCUCAAUGCACCAAAGAAGCAUCUAUAUAAUGCAGCAGCUUAUUAUGCUGAAAUAAAUAAACAAGAGCAUAAUGAAAAUGCAAAAGCAUGGAAAUUGUUAACACCGGAUGAGAAGAAGCCAUACACUCAAAUGUUAAACGAUGCUAAAGAAGAGUAUGCUGCUCAAGUGAAGAACUUCACGGAAAAUUUACCAGAUCGUUUGAAAUGCGAGUAUUUAUCGUUCAUCAAACCAACGCAACCAGCAACGCAAGGAAGUGGUGAAAGUACCACUUCUGAACCGAUAAAACAACGUCGAAAAUCUGUUCAACCACUACUGGAAAACUUCCAGCUGCCAACCAAUGAAGCAGCAAGUCAAAAAUUGACUCGAAGUCAACUGGAUGAUCUCCAUAAAUGUCAGCCAAGUAUUCUCUACUAUGAAAAUAAAGUUUCUGAUGACGAAAAACCAACAUUUGCCAAUACAACAGCAAAAAAUACUUAUAUCCGAUCGUUAUUCAAUCAACUAAGCGAGAAAAAACGACAUAAGUUCAUCUUGAAAGCAACCAAAAAAUGGGAAGAAUAUCUCCAAUCACAUCCAGAUGUGCCUGAAAAUCAAAUUCCAACACUUCAUCUUCUAUUAAGCAAAAAUGAUGAUAUACAUUAUUAUUUUUCUACACUUGGCUUACCGGCUCGUCCACCAAUAAGUGCGCUAUAUCUAUACGGAAAUGAACGACAACAAACGGGUUCACAACAAAACUGGGCGGAUCUAUCGCAAGGGACGAAAGAUGAAUAUAUCAAGCGGUUAACAAAGAUAAAAGCUGAAUAUCAUCAAAAUCUAGUUGAAUUCGUCGAAAAAACGUUACCGUCAGAUUAUAUUCGACUUGAGUUUUUCCGAAAUGUCAAAGUUGCAUCGAAAGAUUACGAAGCCGCAACGAAAGAUCGAGUUCCUGAUAGAGAUGAAGGUCAAUUGAAGAUCACUCAAUACUUAAAACCGAAAAAGCCGAUCGACAGCGGCGAAAUGAACGAAUUCGAUCGAAUUAAACAACAAUUAUUGGCAACACCGUUGACAAAUGAACAGAAAAAGCUUGUCGAUCGAUUGGGACAAGUAAUGAAGAAAUAUCUUGGAGGAGAAAGUAUUGAUACAAAGAAAUCCUCGUCCGGAAAAGAUUCAGCGAAACCAGUUUCAUCCCAUCGUGCAUCGACAACUUCGAAUGAAGUGGUUUUAAUUAACGGUGAUGUUUCCGCCGACGAUGCUGAGCCAAAACCCAGCAAAAACAAGAAGAAACGCAAACAUGAAAAAGAUGAUGUCGAUGUUGAGAACACUACCUCAACAAAAUCCAGUCAUCAUGACCAAGACAAGCAAAGUUCAACAUCUUCUUCCAUGAAAAAACGUAAAUGA